CCACAUGCACAGCGCGAUGCGAUUCAUGUUUGCCUCGCUCAAUCAGAUAUUGCGAUUGGAUGCAUGUGAUCAAGGGUGCAGAGAAAAUGCAAUUUGCAAUUGGCUCAUCUGCUUCAAGGAGGGGUUACCGAGAUAACCCGGAAAAAGAGGAAGAAUAGCGCCUCAGUUCCGAGUCCGAUCGUGGACUGUCAGUCUUAUCAUGGCUGGAGCUGGAGGUGACAAGCCUUUCGCCAAGGCCGGCCCAAGCCCUUUAUCUCGGGUUUUGAGAAUCAGUCAGCUGGAUGCUUUUGAACUGGAUGGUGCACUGGAACAGCUUGUUUGGUCACAGUUCACCCAAUGUUUCCAGCAUUUCAAGCCUGGGCUCUUAACCCCUGUGGAACCAGAACUCAAGGCCCUUCUCCAGCUCCUCCUGUGGAGGUUCACCAUCUACUCUAACAGUGCCACCGUGGGCCAAUCACUGCUCAAUAUCCGGUACAAGAACGCUCUGAUCCCGGGACAGAAGUACCGGCCCAUGAGCCGGCCACAGAAGUUCUGGUUCGCUCUGCUGACUGUCGGUGAAAAGUGGCUAAGAGAACGCUCCCAUAGCUUGUUCCUCAACCACCCUGCAGAAUCCAACGCACGCAAGGCCCGCAAGGUACUCAGCAUCUUGAUGGGCCUUACCAAAGUGGCCAGCCUGGUCAACUUCCUACUGUUCCUCCAAAGAGGAACCUAUCCAACACUUACUGAAAGGUUGCUGGGAGUGCAGCCCAUCUUCAGUCGACCCCAGGGACCACGAGACAUCAACUUCCAGUUCUUGAACCGGGAGCUGUUGUGGCACGGCUUUGCAGAGUUCCUCAUCUUCCUGCUGCCUCUCAUAAACGUGUGGAAGCUGAAGGCCAGUGUCGCCGCUCUGUUCUCCCCUCUGAAGGAACUGAGAGGAACGGAAGGCUCAGAGGAGACCCUCUGCACCGAGUGCACCAUCUGCGGGGAGUGGCCCACAAUGCCCCAUUCAGCCGGCUGCAAACACGUGUUCUGCUACUACUGCCUUAAGAGCCACACUAUCGCUGACAUCUGCUUUACCUGCCCCAAAUGUGGCGUAGAAACUGGAAUGAUAGAGCCAGUCAGGCUUCAUGUAGGAACAGAGUUGCAUCAGAGUUGAGACUUUGCCUCAAACAGCCUUCUGAUUGACUUGGGAUACACAUAUGGCAGGAGAACUUGAGACCAAGUUGAACGUUUGAGUCGAUCACAGAGAUUGGUUGAUGAAAGCAUGUGCCGCCUUCUGAAACGAGAGCAUUUGUUGCCAUGAAAUAUGCAGAAUUUUGUACAAAGAGACAAAGUUGAUGAUGUAAAAUUCUAAAACAACAUCAUUUGUGUCGCUAAUUUAUUCAGCCUCAUUAAAGUUUGAUAGAAACUGUGUAUCAGAGGUCCACUUUUCUGCAUUCUUGGAUUGAGCGCUGAGCAAAUGAAUAAACAUCAAAACAAGCCUUUGCUCAACUGCCUGCACGAUCCAAUUCCCCUCAUCCCCUAUGAAGGGAGAAAUUUGCACAAGAUCAAGGAGAGGCCAUGAUAGCACCAGGGGGUAGUUGAGUUGGAUGCAGAUUGACAGACAUCCCAUCAUAAUCUCCAUGGCCCUUCUUAAUACGCCAGUAAACUGUAACAAACCAGAGCAGGACCAAUGCAAGUUUCGGGCAUAUUAUGCUCUAAGCCUAAUAAUGACUGCAAAGAUGGGUAUUUAUUCUGCUGUUAACUCUCUCCAGUGAGCCAUGCCUCAGGCCAAACACAUCCAAAUGGACUCAGACCUGCUGGAAACUAACACUUCAGGUUUUUUUUUUUUUUCCCAGACCACAUUGCUUUAAUUGCCCAUUGUGAAGGCAAUCAGUCACUUCUCUGGGCAUGAGGGGUCUAGUGGUUUGCAAGAUUUUGUCAUUUUUUGUAAUCGUUGCUCUCAAGUUCACCAUGACAAAGAACUGAAAAUUGGGAACAUGGCACACCGGUCUGCCCUCAUGAGGGUUCAUUGACGUUAUUAUGCAUAUGGUCAAAUAAAAGGGACCACCAAGAAGUGUAGCUCUCACUAUAUGCAGAACUAUCCAAGUUUACUUGUGCACUAGGUUAACAAUGUUCAAAAGAUAUUUAAUGUGCAACAGCAUAUGUUUAUAGCCUUUGUUUUGUUUCAUAGGAUUAAAGGAAUUUGCCACCACUGUUCUGGAAAUCUUGGGUAAUGGUUGCCAAUUUACAAUAUACACAACAUAUGGUUAUGGUGUUUUUCACAUAGAUUGGGUCCAGGGAACAUCUGUCCUUCAAAAUACAUUUGUUUAAUGACUUCAAAAGCAUCCAAAUGUAAUCUUGUAAAACACUCUACCAGACACAAUAGACUAUUGUGUUGUAUAUUUAUGUAGUUGCAACAAAUAAGAAUAGAUUUUGACAUUUGCUUUCUGUUAAACUAUAUUAAUGUAUUUUCUGAAUGUAUUAUUAUUAUUAAUUAUACAUAAUGUCGAUACAUUUUUUCUUAGUUUAUUAUUCUUCCCCUACUGAUUUAUUGAUAGUAACUUGUUUUAAGCAUUAAUUAAAAUUUUAAAAUAAAGGAAGAUACAGAUAGCUAUAUAUUUUUGUAUAUAAUAUUUAACAAAGCUUCAAACACAUGAACAUCAUAGUGAGUUACAUGCAAAGAAUUUUUAUCAUUUGUAACAGUUGAAGAGUCGGCCCUCAUUUUGCACUUCAUCUCCAAAUCUCAUUUACGCUCAGGGUUGCACUGUCUCCAAUCAGCAAUAAAAUCUGCAGACUUUGACACCAUUUACUUUGCCAAUUGCCCACAUGCAUUUUUUUAACAUACAUGUUGGGUGUUACAGUGGACAAGGCCAGAUUCACACUUUGAUGAGUGAUCCUGCUCAUUACAAUCGACAUAUUCUUGAUCCUUUGAUGUCAGGCGUUGAGUUCUCUGAUUAACAGGUUUGGAAUUAAAGAGUACUAUUUAAGUCUGCAUAAUACCAGUACUUACCCUUUGCAGCUAUUCUUUGCUUAAUUAAAUAGUAGCUUAUAGCGUACUGAAAGACAUACUCUAUUUCAUAUCUGAGUUUUAAUACAAGUGUUUGUUUGGGAUUUUGUUUUUGUGUGUGCUUGUCUGGGCAAGGAAAAAGUCAUUAAAAACAAAUAAAACUU